CACACACACACACACACAAAAAACAAGUACGUACCCAUCCCAGUGGUUGAUCUUCAUGGCUAUCAAAUGAUCUAUCAUGGCCUUGGUGUACUCUGGGAAACUCGCUACAUAGACACUUUGAAAACAGAAAAAAAGACAACUUUAGCUGCUGAUGUCUACAGAAAAUGAAAAGCAGCUUCAGACAUCUCACUGUAAAUCCCCCUCUCAUCCUUUACUACAUCUGCAUUAUGCUUUCUUUGUUGUGUGCAGUUCUACAGUCAGUCAUACCCUGAGGCUAGCAUCUUUCUCCAUUUGUUCUGCUUGAAUAUUUGCUCCGCUGGUGGCGACACACUUCUGCUAAAGGUGACAAUUCCUGAAAGGGUUUUGGAGCCGAUGUUGAUUUUGUUGCGAUCAAAAAGGGUGGCCGAAGUUCAUCAUUGUAUUUGAAACAACAUAUUCUUCACGAGCAGUAAACUGCACAGAUAUAGCGACAUUAGUAAUGGCUUUCGACAACAGAUUUUAGCCACAUUAACUUAGUUAAACUAAACUUUGCUAUAUUUAGUUGCAUUCAUUAAAAAGUUGCACAUUUCUGGGUACUUCACUAACCAGAAAUGAUGUCUACACACAACUCUCCUUUGACCCCAGUGUAUUUCUCUCUUUGGCCAACGGGACAGGAAGACGAGAAGAAAAUCUUGUGGCCGCAAGUUCAGCCAUGAAGUUGGACAGGUUUCUUUUUGUCAAUGAGGAAGGAUGGGACUCAACCUGUUCCCACCCAUUUAAUUAUUCAGGCCAAAGUGCAGCUUCCCUUGAUUACCGUGUGACUUGAGAAAAUAUGGCUGCCGAUGUGCAGAAUACACAGUUUCUUACCUGAUGUUCAGAUAGCAGUUGUUGAGAUUCCCUACAGCGAAGUAGUCUGCUGCAGUCAAGAUGUCAAUACCGUGAGGAAACGUCCCCUGUGGACACACAAGCAAGCGACAAACAGCCGAGACGUGUUCAGUGCAUUGUGUAGGAAACGGCCCACGCUGUCAAACACUGAGCGGAUGAAUCUGAGAAGGGGCGUAAGUGAUUUAAUUUUAGAAUUAAAGUAAUCUACGACAUAAAGAGAGAUUUAUGGCUCAAGGACUGUUGGCUAAUCAAAUGUCUGCUGUGCCCUGUAGCGCUCGCUUUGCUUCAAAAGCUUUCACUAGCAAGGCAAGUUUGAGCAAGAGCCGAGUGAUUGGCAGCAAAUAAACAUCAAAUCAUAGUAAUUCAGCUACCCAUAAAUACACAAAGUAGUCACCAACCUGUCUGCCGACAUUCUCCUGGAAGGCAGCCUGGAACAAAAUGAGACGUAAAAGAAAUUAACAUCUGUCAAUGUAACUGAAAAUCUUUAAUUAAGGAUGUUGAUCUGAGGACUUACGGAGGCCGCUCUGCGGCAGUUGACAUUUCUGUCGAACACGGCUGUGAUCACCAAAGAACUGCAGAGAGAAACACAAAGAGUAUGAAUGAUCUGAUAAAAGAAGUGGCCGUAGAAUUGAGUGUUUUCAGUCACAGAAUGCUUAAAAAUUAACGUAUAAAAAAGGUAGACAACGCCUAUGUGCACAUGACAUGCACAUAGGCGUGUUUGUUUUUUUGACAGUUAACCUUUUCAAUAUUUAUUUGUUCUCCUUAUUCUGUAACAUAAACACUUUGGACCAUUUUUAUGCUUUGGUAUCGUCCCUUUUUGCAGCUUUAAUGCAGCGUAGAUACUUUACAUAGAUAUGUUUAACUUCUAUACCUCUGUCCUGUAAGAGUCUCUCAACAUCUCAAUAAUUAGUUACGGGUCAAUGACGCAGAUUGAAAGUGAUGUUUAAAUCUAGAUUACAUCAUCACAGCGAAACUGUGACUGAGGUGCACAUGUUCCUGGAAAGGCAUGUAGUGCAGACGCAAUAUGAUUAACCACGAGUCUGGAGCAAUACUGGAAGUUGUGUCGGAUUAUGUUUUUCACCCCAAUAAUCACUCCUCUGUACGCUGUCUCGACAAGUCUCAGGAGGGUGUGUGAAUGUCAGUUAUUGAAGGAGGGGGUCAAUUUACUUUCACACCACACGCAGUGACAGCCUGAGACCAACUGCUGUUGGCCUUGCUUGCUCUCCUCCCAUGUUCCCUGUUUCCUAACAGCAAGACUCAGGCCUGGAGCUUUACUAACUGCCCCAGCCCUGAGGGCUUGGAAACAAAAAAAAAAACACUCCUGUUUGCAGUCUGGAUAAUGCCCCUACAGGAUAUUAUUGAAUUGUUUCUGUGGCUGAUGCAACCAAUAAGUGAACAGAGAUAUAACUCUGUGUGCGUGUGUGCCUCUAAGUCACUUAGUCACACAUUUACAAAAGUAAGUUUUCUGUUAUUGUCAUCAAGUUGUGUUGAAUAGAGCAGGAACCAGCUUGUCGGAGCGCUGCUGCCAAACGGCGACCGAAACCUACAGCAACAGACGAAACCUGGCAAUCCUGUAGGCUAGGGAAAGGGAGGGUGUUGUCACGUCUGCUGAUGGUAAUGGAGUAGUCGCAGGGGUUCAAACUGACACUGCAGAGCUGGUCUGCACAGUCAGAGGCCACAGGUUCAUACACGCAGGAGGAGGCAAACCGUUACUAUUGACAAAGACCGAGCGUACGUCACUGGGUGAUAUAGCAGCCUGGCUGCCGAAUAGAAGCGCAUGUUUUAAGAUGUUACUCAGUACUGUUCGGGCUGUCCCUACUGCGGAGCAAACUGCAAAUAAAACUGUUUAUUGACCCCUCCCAAAAAAAAUUAGUCCCACUCUGGAGAUAAAUCAUAAGCCCCUUACAGACAUGCACCACUUCUGAUAAUCUGAUGGUGAUUUAAAAAGCGGUCACAUGUCGGAAUAAGCAACAUGGCCACUUUUACGCAAAAGUCUUCGAGGAAAUCUAGUAACGUGAAUGAAUUGAUGAACGUUUUACACGCAGCAUGUGAGCAAACAAGACAAAAACAAGUCCCAACUGCCAUUCAAUGAGAGUUAUUCGAUUCCAGGGAGCAGAAUUGACUCUCUUAUAACGUUAAAGAAUUUAAAUAAUGCAAAUAAGUUCACUUGUGUGUCUCUCUCUGCCAAAUAUCUCGUGAGCAUGCAGCUCUUUGCCUUUUAAACCGGAGGUUGUCAUGAAAAUGAGUGUAAAAGUCGCCUGUGUGUUACUGGCAAAAAGCCAACAAUUACACAGGUACAUGGAGCCAGCAAUGUUACAGAUCACAUGUUUUAAAACAGGGCUACGCAGGUUAGAUCUUUUUUCUUAGAAUGGCAUUGUGUAAUUAACAUCUGCAGCCUACUUCAACAUACACGUAUCAGCUGGUUAUGUGGGGACAUGUAGGACUGAUGUGGCUCAGAGAAACUGGUUUGAGGGAGUGAAUGGCUCAUAAAAAUCUUACUGUUAUUAAAACAGUUCAUCCUGCUUUCAUCUCUUGAUUGUAGCUGCUACUUCUUGUUUAAACAGUAGAGGAACAUAUUUAGAGUCUGUACAUACUGGUGGGAUGGUAUUAUUGGCGGAUAAGUCAACUCGUCACAAAUACAUUAGUCUCGAGGGUCGCAAUUAUGGCAUACUGGUGAUGUCAUGCUGUGUAAAUGUACAGUACAUUCACAGGGAGGAAAUGUGUUGGUAUGAUCAACAAACAGCAGCAGGAGAUCAAUUUAAACAUCAGAACAUUAUCACAAGCCGAUUGAGGUUUACCUGGCAAUCUGAGUGACAAAGGGCUCCAGCUCUUUGGGUUCAUAAGCUCUGGCGAAUGACCAGCACACGUAGCAGGCAGCGUCCCGCACGUUGGAGCCGACGCUGCACGCGCCCCUCUUUUCGUCGUAGGUCAGGGAUUUCACGAUGAGCGGCACAACUGGACAGUAGACAGCAGACAAGGAUGAAGAACAAUAAAUGAAACACAAGAUCAAAGAACGAUAGCCAUGCCAAUGAAAAAAUGUAGCAUGUACUGAGCACAAUAUUGCAUACUGUGGUGAGGCAUCAGACCCGAAACACAGCAGAAACUCUUUGACUACACAGAGUAACAACUAGCUGAAUUAAGGUUGUGUGUGUGUGUGUGUGCUAGAUGUAGUGUUUAUUUUGAGAUUAACAUUUUAAUGUUCCAUACACUAAGCCUCCAAACUGUGGAAAGCAGUUCAGAUUGUAGUAAUGGCAAUUUAAAGCAACUCGUUUGCAGCACUUUAUUAGUUUUCUUCAACACAAUAAACAAGAUCAGCCCUAAUUGAACCUGCAUGUAUGGAUACGUCAUGCCAGUCUUGCCAGCUUGCUCCUGGACUUCACUAGAAACGUGGCGCGCUGGUGGAAAUCAACAGUAUUUACAGUAAUUGGAGGCCUGUGUGGUCAUUUCCUCAAGAGACAGAGAUGGUUAGAGACAGAAGGAGCGAGAGCCCCCACCUGACCCCGUCAUGUAAAUCAUCGCUUGAGGCUUGACUAAUAUCAGGUACAUCAAUGUUGCCUGAGGGCCCUGCUGUUUGGGCUGAAGCCCCACCCACUAGUUAGACGACAUCUCAACAGAGAGAGAGGAACUCCCCACACAACUAACCAAAUACAGCACACACACACACUCUAGUCUGAACUUUUCACAUAUAUUGGAGCGACCGUCCUGACUCGUGCUGGCUGAAGACGCCGGAGCAGCUCUCUGCAGGCGGAACACUGAGGAGAGGACACUGUUGCUACAACCGAAGCAGAAAACAUCCAUUGGAAUCAAGAUGGAAACCCCUCAGGAACGCAAGCCGAAAAGGCCCCACUACAUUCCUCGACCGCCAGGCAAGCCUUACAAGUACCAUUGUUUCCAGUGUCCUUUCACCUGCAAUGAAAAGUCCCAUCUCUUCAACCACAUGAAAUAUAACUUGUGCAAGAACUCCAUCUCCCUGAUGUCGCAGAAAAGUGGGCAAACGGCCCGACAGGUGAAGCCUGUAUUACGGGAAGUCCCCAACAAGUCUAAGGACUGUCCGAGCCCCCCACCAGCAGAGCAGAACAAUAGUUCCAAGAACCACGGUGCUGAGAGCAGAGAUGACACAGAAGACGUAGACGUUGGGUGCGACAGUCCAGUCAAUAAGGACAGCCAGAGUGUGACAAACUCAAAUACUGCAAUAGAGGGAGAGAACAACAAUGAGAACAGGUCUCUGCCGCGCCUGUCUGCCUUCUCCCAUGUCACACCCAAAAGUGAUGGCGCAGAAGCCUUCAAGUCAUCUGUGCAGCAGCCAGAGGACUCACAAGCUCCCGUUCCCACUUUCAACCACCCAGGCUUCCCAUGGGGCACUUCUUCCAUUCCCUUAAAACCAUUCCCUCCUCCCAUGAUUCCCGACUACGCUCCUUAUCUCCUGCCUGAGCGGCCCCUGUAUCAACCAUACUACCUCCCGGCAAACCACCACGCGAAUGAGCCAAAUCCUCCUCCUUUCCGGCCAGAGUUUAUGGAUCCCCAGAGGCCCGUGGUGCCGCAGCCCAUCGCCCCGCUUCACCCCUCCCUCUUCCCCCCAUACCCAUACAGAUACUGCCACCCUCUUCACUCGGGCCCCCCUCUGCAUUUCACCCUGUACCGACCCCACGAGCUCUCCAUGCCAAUCCCAGGACAGAGAUAUCUCCCUUUGGAUUUGUAUGGGCCGGCCCUCGGGCCAAAGGAUUAUGACUUGUACGUGCAUUCCCGGUCCAGUCUCGACAGCCUCAACACAUCUACACAAGAGGAGAGCAGACACGGGCAAAGUGGAGACAAGGAAACCAGGCAGAGCCCGAAAGAGGGCUGUUCGGCGUUGGGGUCCCCUGACAGACCCAGUCACGCACACGUCAUCCAGAAAGACACAGAAGCCCCGCACUACACUAACGAGAGCGACCCACAGGCCACCACGCAACCAGGACACACAGCUGCACCCGUUCAACCCGUCAUAACCGACAUGAGACUGGAGGAGUCUGCCAAAAGCUUGCUGCAGUUAAGAACUCUACAUGUGGACGGAGGAUCGGCCGAGAGCAACAGGUAUUCCUCUGAGCCAUGUCCUGAAACAACACCAGACCGAGAUGAUGAGAACAGCAGAAAAGAUUUGACCCCGCUGAACCUCUCGACGAGGAAGCAGGACAAAGAAAAGAGUCCAUUUGAGCACAGGCCGAGGUGCUCAGACACAGAGCUGCCUCUGAACCUCAGCCUGCGAGCUUCUUAUAGCGGCCCCGUGCACAGCACUGCCCCAAGCCUUUCAGAAGAUCUUCAGACGAGGCCGGACACCGAGCUGGGUGAAGAACCAUGUGACCAGAGGCAGACUGCGGCACUGGCACUCUGUCAGCUGGCCAUUGCAACCUCCUCUUCGUGUGACUUUAGCGCCGCAGACAGGCCCUCAGAGGAUUCCACAGACACUAGAAGUUCAGGCUCUCCGAAGAAGACCAGACACACAGCUAUGGCUAAGAAAACUGGUGUGAAACGAGCAAACAGUGGCCAGGCUGAUAGCAAGUGCCAUAAACCAAACAAGAGAGCAAAAGCACCAGGAUGGGCUCUGAGGAGGAGGAGGAGGAGGCCUCGCUGCUGCUAAACUCUGACUGUUGUAAUUAUUUGGUAUGAAGCACAGAGCAUCUCUAACCUUCAACCUAAACUUGAAAAGAUCAAUUUUAUUGAACAUAAUUAAUAAUUAAAAUGUCUACAGCACUGCCACAGGGUCAACUGUAAAAAAAUAAUUGUUAAAUUCAAAGACUAGAUUUGCAUAUUUUGUCUCGUUCUCACACCAAAUGUGAAAAGCAUUUUUUUUUAAUAUGGGACGUUGAUAUUGAAAUCUGUACAUUUUUGUAAGAUGUGGUUAAUGUAUUGUAAAUGUAAAUAUGUUGAAUAAAUAAAAUGACCAGAACUGACUUAAUUACACUCUUCCAUGUAUUUUAUGAUAACUAUCUCAAUGGGAAUGUGUGGUCACAUACCAUCUGUCAACCUGGAAGGCAGCAGCAGGCCUCUCCUACCCAGUUCUGCCAGAGCCAGGCAGCCUCCAUGCCAAGCAUUGUCUGUUUCCUGGAAGCUUGAAAAAGAACAUAUAUACACACACACACACACACUAGUGAAAUAUGCGGCUUCUUGAAAGAAAAAAAAAAAAGAAAAAUAAAUGAUAAAUGGCAUAACGUAGCUGAUGGAGAGAGCUAAAAUGCCCCAAGCAUGAACCUACCUGAAGCAGUCCAGCACUGAUCCAACCACCUCAUCUGCCAGCUCCUUGGGAAGCCUCCCAGUCACCCUUCCAAUGCUGAUGGGUUAAAUAAAACAGAUGGUUAUUGUAACACAUGGACCGAUUUUGACAUGAAGGAUACAAAAGACAAGCAGCAGUGAGGAGGACUUGUUAGGUGACCCAUGAACAGACAGUUACCCCUUUGCUGCAGACCAGCGCACAAUAGUUUCCUUAUCUUUCAGUCCUAACAGCAGAUGCUCUGUAAAAUAAAACCGCACAUUUAAAUUUCUGAGCAGCAGUAAUGCUGCACAAGCGACUUAAACAGGGUGGAGGGUGAAACUGACCAAUAACAGUCUCCACUUCCUCAGGAA